UGUGGAAAGAGUUUUACACAAAAAGAAAACCUUAAGAUUCACAUGAGAAUUCACACUGGAGAGAAACCUCACGCAUGUCUACAGUGUGGAAAGACUUUUACACACACAGGAAGCCUUAAGACACACAUGAGGAUUCACACCGGAGAAAAACCUCACGCAUGUCAACAGUGUGGAAAGAGUUUUACACAAACAGGACACCUUAAGAUACACAUGAGAAGUCACACUGGAGAGAAACCUCACGCAUGUCUACAGUGUGGAAAGAGUUUUACACAAACAGGAAGCCUUAAGAGACACAUGAGAAUUCACACUGGAGAGAAACCUCACGCAUGUCUACAGUGUUCAAAGAGUUUUACAACUACAAGUUACCUUCAGUCACACAUGAGAUUUCACACUGGAGAGAAACCUCACGCAUGUCUACAGUGUGGAAAGAGUUUUACACAAACAGGAAGUCUUAGGACACACAUGAGAAUUCACACUGGAGAGAAACCUUACGCAUGCCUACAAUGUGGAAAGGCUUUUACACAAACAGGAAGUCUUAGGACACACAUGAGAAUUCACACUGGAGAGAAACCUCACGCAUGUCUACAGUGUGGAAAGAGUUUUACAACUACAAGUUACCUUCAGUCACACAUGAGAUUUCACACUGGAGAGAAACCUCACGCAUGUCUACAGUGUGGAAAGAGUUUUACACAAACAGGAAGUCUUAGGACACACAUGAGAAUUCACACUGGAGAGAAACCUUACGCAUGUCUACAGUGUGGAAAGAGUUUUACAACUACAAGUUACCUUCAGUCACACAUGAGAUUUCACACUGGAGAGAAACCUCACGCAUGUCUACAGUGUGGAAAGAGUUUUACACAAACAGGAAGUCUUAGGACACACAUGAGAAUUCACACUGGAGAGAAACCUUACGCAUGCCUACAAUGUGGAAAGGCUUUUACACAAACAGGAAGUCUUAGGACACACAUGAGAAUUCACACUGGAGAGAAACCUCACACAUGCCUACAGUGUGGAAAGAGUUUUUCAAAAACAGGAUGUCUUAAAAUUCACAUGAGAAUUCACACCGGAGAGAAACCUCACGUAUGUUUACAUUGUGGAAAGAGUUUUACAAACACAAGUAGCCUUAAGAAACACAUGAGAACUCACACCGGAGAGAAACCUCACACAUGUCUACUGUGUGGAAAGACUUUUACACGCCAAGGAAGCCUUCAGUUACACAUGAGAAUUCACACUGGAGAGAAACCUCAUGCAUGUCUACAGUGUGGAAAGACUUUUACACAAACAGGAAGUCUUAAAAUUCACAUGGGAAUUCACACCGGAGAGAAACCUCACGUAUGUUUACAUUGUGGAAAGAGUUUUAAAAACACAAGUAGCCUUAAGAAACACAUGAGAAUUCACACCGGCGAGAAACCAUUUGGAUGCAGUCAGUGUGGAUAGACAUUUACAGUGUCAAGUCACCUUUAUAGACACAUGAGAACUCACAUGAAGAAUUAAAAAUUGCUGCAGUGUCCCCAUUCUUAAAAAACCUUGAUCAUCUAAAUAUGAACAAUAACAGGAAAACCUCAAAUUGACCAUUCUUAAGUAAAAUAUUUGAAAAGUGGAGGCUUCACAAUUGACAUCUUAGUUGAAUUCUAAUGGCUCCUUGAAUAUUUUCAGUCAGAAUGUCGCUCAUUACAUAGCACUGAAACGACCCUGCUUCUUGAUACCUACUAGCAUCUGGAUACCUACUAGCUGUAAAGCAGAUAUAAAACCGUUAUCACUAAUUUAAUUGAUUUCCAUGUGUAGCACGCGGCCGUCUGCCACCCCAAACAAAGGGGGAAAAUAACCCAUAUAAGGACACGUGUACAUUCCACUU